AGACACCAAAAAAUUUUCAAUAUGGCUGUUGCAAGUGAUCUUCCAACCGAAUUAACUGCCCGCCCUUUGAGCUUUAUAGCUCUUAGCGGACUUGACGUCUCGGGAAAUACGGCCCACCUGAAAAUCUGGGAGACUUUCACACAAAACAGGCAGUCUGAUCGGAUCCCCUUGGUCUUUAGCCUUGUCGAAACUGACCAUGAAUAUCCCAAAUGUAAAACGAAACGCACUAAUUACGACUGGUAUCUGCCGAAAGGAAUCUUGAAAACAAAAUGGAUGAAUAAACAGUUACAUUUAAUUCCUUCAGUUGUCGUGUACUUCUUUGAUCUGGAAUGGGAUCAUCCAAAAUGGAAAGAAAAACAGGAAGAAUGCUCAAAUACACUGAAGAAAAUAAGGCAAAAUCUUCAGGGACGUAAUACACGUGUAGCUGUGGUCCUCGUCCAAAAAAAUGCACCAGUUCCACCAGGCGAUGACACACAAGUAUCGGAAAGAGUAGCUACACUGUGUACAGCUUGUGAAUUGUCUGCCAAGUCACUGUUUGUCUUACCAUUUACGGAUCUCUUUGUGAACUUGGUUGGAUAUAUAACAAGGCUGGAGUUGGCUUUUCAUGAGUUGGCAAUGAAUUACUAUCAAGGUGAAGCAAAACGUGUGAAAUCUCACAAGGAAUUCUUGACAAAAUCACAUCAUCAGCAAUUACUAGUACGACAUCAAUUCAAGAUUGCAUUUUUCUCUGAAAUUCGACAAGACACUCAUUCUGCUUUGAAGCAUUACAGGCAAGCUUAUUCCCUGUUAACUGAAAUCAAACAAAACGAAAUAAAUAUUCUGGAGAUCAAAAUUGUCGCUGGAUUCAUCAAUUAUAAAAUUUGCCACCUGAGUUUUCGCCUUAGCGCUCCCCUCGAUGCUAUUUCACAGUUUCGAAAGCAUGUUGAUUUUUUCAAAGAUAAAGCUGGUAAUCCAGAUUUGGCAUUUGAACAUCUUGCUUGGCUGUCAAAACAAUUCAGCGUGUUUGGCGAUCUGUUUGACGAAGCAAUCAAAAAUGGACUCACUGCAAUUCAGACACAACAUCCGGGAUUCUACUAUCAGCAAGCUGCCAAUCAUUCCGUCAUACGACGUCAACUUGCCGAAGGACUUUGUCAUCAUAUUUCACCUGACUCCGUGUCGUUUGGUCCUUUGAAUGAGGCUGGAAAUUUAGAAUAUUUCGGCCAAAGACCAUGGCGCCAACAGCAUCAAGGCGACAAACUGCCUGAUCAAACCAAAGAAACCGCUGGAGUGUUGGCAUUGCAAGCACAAGAGACAAUGGUCGAUCAUUGUUGGAUUAUCAUUCCGUUGCUGAGCAACGCCGUCUCGCAGUUCAAGAAGUAUAAAUCUCCAAGGAUGAAGCGUUUUUUAAUGGUUCAAAUGGGCGAAGAGUAUUAUCACGCAAGAGAUUACCUAAAGGCUUUAGCACUUCUUGGUGUGGUUACUGGCGAUUAUCGAAAGGAGAAGUGGUGGCCCCUGUUAACUGCUGUAUUAAGUACGUCCCUCAGAUGUGCCUAUCUCCUGGCGAAUAUACAAGAGUAUCUUAACGUCUGCGUGGAAUUAAUGGGUCAAUAUGCGCUUCAUUACUCUGAUGAACGAACUCGAGUGCAAAUGAAUUUCAUUCGAGUCAUUUCGGGGGAUUCACCCGAUCACGAACCAGGUUGUGACGUCGAGGCAAUAGAAGAAGCAAAGGAACAAUGGAAGGUACUAAUGAAACAAGGACCUCAUGUUGUCAACAUUCAAAUGUCAAAUAUUGCCGCUUUUGUGGAAGUCAAAGCAAUAUUCAACUCUCAGCGCAUUAAAGCAGAUUCCAGUGCUAUUCUCGAUGUAUACCUCAGAGUCACAUGUCCGUUUCCUAUACGUUUCAAUCGUCUUGCGGUUCAUUUCAACAACCAAAACUACGAUUCCCUGUGCGUCAUCAAUGGACCUGGAUCGGAUAAUUUAGAAGUCCCUGAAAAGGGUGACUUGUAUCUUGAACCCAGGAAAAUCAAACAUAUUAUGUUCACAUUUAUACCUCUACCUGAAGAUGUGGGCAAGCAAAUAGAGGUGAGCCAAGUCGUCUUAGAUAUUGGCUCCCGGGAGGUGUGCUGUGUUGUGCUGAUGUGGAACGGAGGUGGAGCCUCAGUUUCAAAUAAUGCUGACUCAACACUUCUUGGCUUAGGUAGUCAACAAAAUGAAACGUUGAGCGAGGACGCUAAAGAAUGGAAACAACUUCGUAUAUCGUCGAAAUUGAGCGUGUUGCCUCGAGAACCCAAUGUUAUCAUUGAAUUUGAGCAUAAACAACCGUCGCUGCUUGACGAAAUAUACCCUCUGAAAUUACGAUUGACGAACAACGAAGAUACUCAAAUCUCGAAUGUUAAAUGUGAAGUUCGAACUAAUUCGGAAAAGAGUACGACACAAUCUGAAUCUGUUUGGUUGAGCUUAAAUGAUCUGGAAUUUGAGAAAGAUAAUCAACAUUUUGUUUCUUUCGAUGUUACCGAAGUUACCGGCAAGGUCGAGCGUCAGCUUUACUUUAAGACUUCGCAUGCUGGGAAAACAGUUUUAGAUUUUACGGUAAUGUAUUACGUCACUGUUUUGAUUAAUUCAAGUGAACAUAGAGUGGAAUGUUUGUGUUCCAAGACUGCGUCUACAACGGUAGAAAGCCUGGAACCUUUUAAAACAACAUGUUCACUUGUCAGUAAGGAAUUCAUAGCUGUUGAGAAAAUCCCAGAUGAAGAGUUGUUUAUGUUGUUAAUUGAUAUAAAGUGCAUCUCUCCUUGGCCUGUGUGCAUUCAUUCGGCGAAAUUAAUUUUGUCGGCCGAGGUUCAAUUAGACGAAGAUGAAACGGAUUCGCAAUUAACCGGUGGUAUGUUUCUCCUCGAUUUAAAUGAGUCAGCAUCGGAAUGUUUUUGUCUUGUCAGCAAAUCAUCUGAUAUCGUCGUAAGAGCUGUUGAUCUGGGUCAACUACAAAUAGAAUGGAAAAGGUUCUUACAGAACAGUUUAGGAAAUCACGUCUUGCUAGUAACCUGUGUUGAUUUACCCAGAGCCGUCAUCGAGAAAGUUCCUCUAUCUAUAUAUACAGAUUUGCCUUCUUACGGCACUUUAAGAACGGCUCUUCCAAUGUCUUACACGUUGUUGAACAAAACGACUACGGUCCAAGAGAUUGAAGCGAAAAUCGAACAAAGUGAUGAUUUUAUGUUUGCUGGGAGUAAAGAGAUACACUUCAGCAUCCUUCCUUCCUCUCGACACACUCUAAAAUAUCAACUUUUCCCAUUAUCGUGUGGUUACGUCGCGUUACCAAGACUACAUCUUAGCCUUCCCCGUUACCAAGGGGAUAUAGAGACCGUCGUCAAGACAACCGUUCCGUCUCGUGUAUUUAUUAAGCCACCAGGAAUUGAUCAAUUUGCGUCAAUUAUUUAAGGACCAGAACCAAAAAAUAUUUGUAAAUAUGAAUUUUGAAAUGAACAUUUUGUGAUGUACUUCCUGUAAGUAUGUACUACAGUUAAUGAUCCUUACAUGACGUAUUAAAAUUUGUAAACAAAGUGAAA